AGUUUAAGAAAAAAUAACCCAGCGUUUUUAUUACGUCUUAGCGUUCACGGAGCUCUUCGGAUCGCAAUUGCUCACAAACUCACUUUCAUUUUCCAUUUAAUUAAUAAUAAUUAUUAUUAAUUUUAUAGAAAUUCCGUUUACUUCUCCACCGCCCGCCAGCCUCACUCAACUCUGCUUUGCUAUUUAAUUUUCUCUCCGCCACUUUCCCGAGAAAAUCUCAAUCAUCCAUCAUGAAGGCCCUCGCGGCCACCGCCACCGACAUUCUAAAGACCCCGACUUUCAUCAAAAUUGCGGCCAUUACCCUCCUCUCCCUCUCCCUCUUCCUACUCGCCAACCACUACUCUGCUACCUAUCCUUCCCUAACCUUCUUCUCCUCCACCACCACAACAACCUCCGCGCCGUCUCCAUCUCUCGCCUCGUCUUCGCCGGAGUUGCCCCCGCCAACGCCUCUGGCAGCUCCAUCUCCUCCUCCGCCAUCGCCGCCUCCACCGCCGCCGGAGUUCGAGAGGAUGGGGAUACUGGACGAGAACGGGGCGAUGUCGGAGGAGUUCGAGAUCGGUGAGUUCGACCCGAGCCUGGUCGAGGAUUUGAGGAAUGUCAGUGGAGGAGAUGAGAGAUUGGACGACGGUGGCGGCGCUAGAGUCAAGGUUGAUAAGUUUAAGGUGUGUGAUGAAAGCAUGACUGAUUAUAUACCGUGUUUGGAUAAUGUGGAGGAGAUUGAGAAGUUAAAUUCGAGUGAGAGAGGGGAAAAGUACGAGAGGCAUUGUCCUGGGCAAGGCAAGGGCUUGAAUUGCGUGGUGCCGAGGCCGAAAGGGUACCAGAUACGAAUACACUGGCCUCAGAGCAGGGACGAGGUGUGGUUCAGUAAUGUACCCCACACUCGACUUGUUGACGAUAAAGGUGGUCAGAAUUGGAUAAGGGUAAAGAAAGAUAAAUUCAUUUUUCCAGGAGGUGGAACACAGUUUAUUCAUGGGGCAGACCAGUACUUGAAUCAGAUUUCACAGAUGGUUCCUGACAUUGCAUUUGGCUACAAAACCCGAGUGUCCUUAGAUAUUGGCUGUGGAGUUGCUAGUUUUGGUGCCUUUUUGAUGCAACGGAAUGUGACCACUAUGUCAAUAGCACCAAAAGAUGUUCAUGAGAAUCAGAUCCAGUUUGCACUAGAGCGUGGUGUGCCUGCCAUGGUGGCAGUAUUUGCUACUCACCGCUUGUUGUAUCCAAGCCAGGCUUUUGACUUGAUCCAUUGUUCAAGAUGUAGAAUUAAUUGGACCCGUGAUGAUGGAAUUUUGCUUCUCGAGGCUGACAGGUUGCUAAGAGCAGGAGGAUACUUUGUCUGGGCAGCACAGCCCGUUUACAAACAUGAAGAAGCCCUACAAGAACAAUGGAAAGAAAUGGAGAACCUGACUACUCGCCUUUGUUGGGAGCUUGUAAAGAAGGAAGGAUAUAUUGCUAUAUGGCAGAAGCCUUUGAACACCAGCUGUUAUCUUAGUCGCGAUGCUGGAGUGCAGCCUCCAUUAUGUGAUUCAAAUGAUGAUCCAGACGAUGUUUGGUAUGUUGGUUUAAAGGCUUGCAUCACUCGAUUACCUGAGAAUGGUUAUGGAGCUAAUGUUAGCACAUGGCCCGCACGUCUUCAAGAUCCACCAGAUAGACUCCAGAGCAUAAAGUUAGAUGCGUACAUAUCUAGAAAGGAAAUCUUCAGGGCAGAGGCAAAGUACUGGCAUGAAAUAUUAGCUGGUUACAUUGGUGCUUACCAUUGGAGAGAAUUAAACUUUAGAAACAUAAUGGACAUGAGGGCUGGAUAUGGAGGGUUUGCAGCAGCAUUGCAAGAUUAUGGGUUGGAUUGUUGGGUUAUGAACGUUGUUCCUGUUUCAGGGUUCAAUACUUUGCCAGUUAUAUAUGACCGCGGACUUAUUGGAGUUAUGCAUGACUGGUGUGAGCCAUUUGACACUUAUCCAAGAACAUACGACUUACUGCAUGCAGCGGGUCUUUUCUCUGUUGAGCAAAAGAGGUGUAAUAUCUCAACCAUCGUGCUUGAAAUGGAUCGAAUGCUGAGGCCUGGCGGACGUGUUUACAUACGUGACUCUGUAUCUGUAAUUGCUGAGCUUCAGGAACUUGCUAGUGCUGUUGGAUGGGUGCCUGCGCUGCAUGACACAGGAGAAGGACCUCAUGCAAGCUGGAAGAUCUUGAUUGGUGACAAGCGUUUGUGAUCUGAUUUGGGUGCAAACUUGUCAAUGUAUUUUUCUGUAAAAGGGUAUGAAAUCGCACCAUAGAAAAGAAGGCACUACAACUGCAACUAACAUAUUGCACUUGUUUUAUGCUCUGUAAUUUGAAGACUAGCUAGUGCAAUCUCUUUUUUCAUUUUUUAUAUUUUUUUCCUUAGUAUAUCCAAAUGCACAGCAA